CUCUGCUUUUUUAGCAGCAGUCACAUUUUCUGAUCAUCAGUUAAUCAAGUGCAUUUGUCUGUACGAGUCUCCUACAGAAGCAUCACUAAUUCCCAUCUCAUCAUCUGCAACCAUGAACAUGCUGACUGUGUGUGCACUGGUUUGUACCAUAGUGGCUCUGGCUGGAUCUGCUGAUCUCCCAGAGACAAAGGCUGAAAGCAAUGAAACAGCAAAGACUCACCUAGUCAAGAUGUCCUCCAAAUGUGAUGAUGGUUGGACUCAGUUCAAUGGACGUUGUUUCUCCUACGUUGCAGAGCCUAUGACUUGGGAUAAAGCUGAGAAAAACUGUGUGUCCCUGGGAGGUCACCUUGCAUCAGUGCACAACUUCCUGGAGUACUGCAGGCUUGAGAAGCUCAUACUGAUUACUACUCAUGAUGAAAAAGAAACCUGGAUUGGUGGCACUGAUGCACAGGAGGAGGGCCAUUGGAUUUGGAGUGAUGGCACCACUUUCCAAUAUAACAACUGGUGUCCUGGAGAGCCCAAUAACGGAGGAGGUCUCCAGCACUGCUUGCAAAUGAAUUAUUCAGAUGGAAAGUGCUGGGAUGAUUUGAGUUGCUACGAAGAAAGACCUUCUGUCUGUGCCAGGAAGAUGUGAUGAAUCCUGGACUCAGCAGUGACACAGGACGGCAUGUCUUUGUGUCAUCAGCAUCAUAUAUUGGCUUUAAUCUCUUUUCUUCUUCAUUAUCAUGCUAUUGCUGUAAUGCUACUUAAGGAAGUAUGAGACAAGAAUCAGAAACGGAAGGUGGCUCAUGUCUUUAAUUAGAAGAGCCUGAGUGUUGAAUGAAAAAAAUGCUUUUAGCUUUGUUUCCUGGAGAGUGAAAUUGUCUUUUUGGUUUCUUUUUUGUGCAGAAAUAAAA